GGAUCCGGAGUGUCAUCGGCAUUUUAAAAAUGGCAGAAACUUAUACUGGUCGUAUGCUUUUCGGGCUUGUACGACGUCGUAUGGUGGUAAAUUAGACGUGAUAACAGAGCUAGCCAGUCGGAAAAAAUGUCUACGAAAGGCAAGAGUUGGUCCACCGGCCCAUACGAACGCAGUGAUGUUUGCUUAACACGUUAGCGGAGCCCCAUACGGUGUAAUUUGUCUUCCACGCUUAUCAGGAACUUGAAGCUCCAUAAACCGAAAUGAAGUUCCCCCACUUCCGUCGCAAGAGGGCACUUGCCUUCGUCGUCCUGGCUGGCGCACUCCUCCUCACCCUCAACUACGUCCUCAAGUCCGAAGACACGAGCGGCUGCGGGCGUACCGCCGAGACGCCCCAAUGCCUGACGUCCCUCUUUCCCAGGGUGGUAAGCUCGCUCGACUCGCUGGGCCUCACGGGCUACCUUUGCUACUACGCGCUCUGGGGCUCCCUGAAGCACGAGGGGCCCCUGCCAUGGACCAAGCGUGUCGAGCUCUGCCUCCGCAACGAGGAACUCAGCGGCGUGGACGAGGGUCGGCUCUUUCGCAAGUUCCGACAGAACGGCGUUCUUGCGCACUACGACUCCGCCAACGGAAUCUACAAGACGGCACUUGCGGGCGGAAGCGAUGCUUGCGAGGCGUACCUCCACGUGUUUGAGGAGGACAAGGUCGUUCGGAAGGUGCGCAAGGUGGGCUGGAAGAACAGGUUGAUCCCGCCCACCGCGUGCCACAUCCUCCACUGCUUUCCGGCCGAGCUGAUUGCGGUGCCGAUGAACGUAGUCCCGUUCCUCGGAACGAAGGUGGCAGCACCACACGAGGGAAUCGAGGUGCUGAAGUACAUGUUCCCCGACACAUGGUGGAAGGAGAUCAUCCCGCCCAACUGCAAGUAGCUGCGGCGGUGGGUCUGACAUCUCGUGUCUGUCCGUCGUCGGCUUGGCACUGUGGACACUUCGUUGUUUUCUGGCUGGGGUUGUGCUGCGUUGCCCGAGUGCAAAUACCUAGUCUUUCGGGCCAAUCUGCCAUUCGACUCGGGUGAAAUUGUGGCAGCAGCUUGGGCAACUGUGUCUCAUUGUCGUGGAUCACGAGCUGACGUUUUGUUUUCCGGGAUCGAUUUCGUGUUCAUACGUGUUAUUUGUCUGAACUCUUUGUAACACCUGCCUCGUUUUGCCAUUUGCUUGGCUUUACAGGCAGCGUUGACUUAUUGAUGUUCGAGGCUACUUAUGAGUUGGUGUAUAGAUACUUAGAGCUGAUACUACCUAGUGAACCUUUCAGUAUACUUGGCAGUAGCUGUGUCAUACUAUGUUGUCAUUGGCUACCCUAGUUUCCACAGUGAGCUGUAGAAACUAGGGUAGCCAAUGAGCUGCAAGGCAAAGUCACGAACACGUGACUUUGCCUUGCAGCUCAUUUGCAUCCGCUCGCACAGGUAGCAUUGAGCGCACUGCAGAAACUAUGCUAGCCUUGACAACGUAGCACAAAAUAUUUGAGGCCGACUACAGAGGUAUUAGUGGGCUGCAGACUACUAUCUCUCAUUAAGAGAUGUCACAUGCCCGGUGCAUUUAUUCUAACUAUUAUAAAGUUGAGCUAAUGGAGAUGUCUCACGAAAUAUUUGCCUCUACCAAUGUUUUUGCUGGUGUCAUUUAACAUCAUUUUAUUGGCUUGACUUUGUAACAAACGAAUUCUGAAGUGAUUGAUUUUGGGGAGAAAGAUGACAAAUUAGUAUUCUGCAAACUUUGUGUCUGCACCAGUCAUUAUACUGGUCGAAGUGGGUUUCUAGUCUAUUACAGGCAACCUUACACAAGUCAAGUAAUUCAUUCUUGGAAUUCUGCUGACUGUACUAAUGAUAUAAAGUGGAGUUAAUAUUGAUUUAAUUAAAUUGCAUUUUUCUAUGCCUCACAGUAGCAACUUAGCUGACUUGUUAUAUAUGGAUGGCUCACUUAACAGUAAUGCAUAUUUCUUUCAAUUAGAGCUAGAACUGGUCAUGUCAUGUAAUCCUUCAAGUUUUGACUAAUUUCCAAAGUUUCAUAACUGUUAUAAUUUAACAUAAUUAAAAUAAACUUCAUUUGAACCAACAUGUCUUUACCAAUGUGAUGAAAGUUUAUAAAUUAUUGAUGGUGAAAAUCAAGAAGCUUGGGUCCCACACAGUCAGACAGAUCGCACAUAGUGAGGUCAUGGAAUUUGUGCAACACAAAGCUACUAAGAUGGUUCGGCCUUGGGUGUUUUUGUGUCAUAAUAGUCCAGUCAGUCAACCAACACAAUUGGAAGUCUCAGCUACAACUCGUUCCUCUGCCAUUUUCUGUCAUGAUGAAAAAUUAAUUAUUUAUUAUAACGGGAAACUUUCUUUGCCUGGCGAGCUUCCCUAAGCCCAAAUUGAACAUAAAGAGGACUGAUCACUUUUGGGGGGUGUAUCGUUGGAAUUAUCUAUUUUUCCUUCCUGCCGCCUGGGAGAAGAAUUGCUGCAGAAUCAUGCUGUGAACACCUGAGAGGAGUGCACUCAAUAUGCAGCCGACACUGGUCACCCGAAAGGGUCCAAUCCUCCUGCACGACAGUGCAUGCCCACACGUCUCACAAAUUGUGGUACGGAAGUUGAAUGAGUUGGCGGUUUGAAACUACCUCCUUUAUUGUACCCUUCAGGCCAGGAAUGUUGCAAAUUGUUUUGGCAAACCUGUGGUUUGACUUGUUCGACAAACCUUCAAACUUUUAACUUAAAAUGUUGCUCUACUUCUACUCAAAACUUUUGUAUUUUUGGAAAGUUAUACAGUAGUUUGCUUUAAGCAUUGAAUGGUUUCCAAUGCUUAUGCUCAAAAAUACAAACAUACAAACUUUUAAUUGUUUUUGUUGGUUUAUUAAUGUGAAGCAGUGAAACAGUAUACCCAAAAAAUAUUGCACCCCUCCCAUUCCAGGUGGCAUCACCUCAUUCUAACUUUUUACUUAUGUGCACACUAGUCGUGCUUCAGUUGAACUUUGUUUUCAGAGUUUGCACUGAUUUCGAAGAAGUCGAACCUUGUCAAACUCAAACUUCGCCAGGUGUGCAGCAUACCUACUUCAGACCUUAACUCAACAAACUUCACUUUAUUCACAAUUCAAUUUUUUAAUUUAAUUUUCAUCUAAUAUUAUAAUUCUUAACACAUUUAUUUUUGGGCAUUAUAAAAGGAGGUCAAGAAGGCAUUCCAAUUAAGGUUUUAUUAGCUCGAGGAGUCCAAACUUCUGUUGAAAUAGAACUUUCUAGACUUCCACAAAAUGGCCAAAGCUGCAUCGUUUUUAAUGAAGCUUGCUUUGAAAAAAUAUGUUGAAUUAUAACAAAGUUAUGAAACUCGAAGGUUAGGUUGUGCUGAAACUGUCCGAGUCACAUGAAAAUUUCAGGUACUCCAAACAAAACAGAGAAGCAAUAGUAAGGGGUAGGAAGGGCUCAAAAAGGAACCUUGUCUGAACCCCGAAUUCAGCAGGUGCCAUUUCGCAUAGAGAAUUUGUCUGUUGACCCUGAGAAAUUCAUCUCAACAUUUGUCAUUCCGGGGCUUCCCAUGAGGUUUGUUUAUCAAUCAUAGAGGGAGUGUUUCAGGAUUCGCAUUCCUCCCGACACCUUUAUGGCAGGUGUGUUACACUGUGUGUUGUCUGAAAAAAAAGGAAACUUGAAUUGCGAACUACCUAGCCACUGCACGAAAUAAGUCCUAAAUACUCUCUUGGUAAACCCAUUAUGUACCACCUUUUUCUCUGAGCAUUACAGAUGAAAGUUGCAUAAUGGUAUCGUAAUGCGUUAUGCGUCGCAACACAUACACACUACACACAUUUUCUUCCAAGUCCAAACAGAUCUGAAGGUAAUCAAUGCCAAGAUGGCAAUUAAUAAAACCUGCUCCAUUUGCUGCCUUACACCUUGUGUCUGGGUUAUGUUCGCAGCCCAGAUGUGUCUUUUCAGAUGAAGCGCUGCACAAAUUGACACUGCAGCAUCCAAGACUAAUUGUAUUUGUAAAUAGCUGAAUGCUUUGAUCUCUAAAGACAGAAUUAAUCGUUUUAAGUCUAAGCUGAUGAAUACCUGAUAGUAACAAGUUUCUUCACUAUGUGAAAACAUGUUCGAACUUGCCCCUUUUUUUCUUUGGCAGUGGUGCCAUUAGAUGGCUCCCAUUGAUGUACUGAAGGCUGUUGCUACUACUGGUCCACGUAUAGGUGGCGAUAUCAACCACUUCACUGUUUUCUGUUUUAUUGGUGUCAAUGGAUGUUGAAUUUCAUGCUUUUAUUUUUUAAAUAUUUAGCAUCUGCUGUUUUUCGAAGGCUACUAGAAUAGAUUAUUUUAGUUGACCUAAACAAACUCUACCAAUUCAUGUUGAAGAUACAGAAAGUGGAGUGUAUGCUCCAAUCUGAUGGGCCUUGUUUUCCUUAUAAAUGUGCCAGCAGACUGCUAACUUUGUUUUCCGAAGCCUGUGAUAGUAUACCUGCUUAGAAAAUCUAUUCAACGCACUCCAGGGUCCGGGUAUUAAUCUCUUAGUAACCUGGGGUGUGUUACAGAAAUCUAGUUCUACUGAAUUUCUGGGCUCUUGCGCACAGGAGCUGCAUGUUCAUAAAAGGGCAGAGCAUAUAAGAACACUUCUUUUCACAAAGCUAGGCUAUGUUUAGCAUGCAACUUAUUUCUAACCAUGCCUGCGCACAUCUGACCUCCUUGUCUGGGUUAAACUGGCAACAACUUUGAGUAUUUAGAAGAGGACAUCCAAGCUGUAAAAACGAUAGAAAAAAGGAAUCGAAGGAAACCUGGAGAUGUCUGCAUUUGUUCUCUGAACAUGUUCUAUGUUAGUUUUUCUUAAUUUAUCUUCUUUUUGGGAGAAGAUCGUUUGUGUGACUGUUAUUGAAUCAGUGGUGAACCUCGUAUUCAUUAAAUUUUGGUCGCUGAGUCACUGUUUUGUGCAUGGUACAGUAGUGACCACGUGCAUGCAUGCCCGCAGAUGUUCUGUUGGAUGAAUGAGCUUGUGAUAUUUUUAUAUUUGGGUCUUCGGCACAAGCUUCCACUGCGCCUCUUACCGAGCGUAACAUUUCGCCCUCGGAGAUAUUUGGCAGUCUCAUCAAGUGUCUAGCCUCAUUAAUUCUACUUACCUUGUUAAUAAUAUUGAGUCACUAGUUCAACUAGUCAUUGUUUUGUACUUUGUCUCUUUACCUUUCAGUGGUGUGAUGUUUGUCCACUUAUUUCGCCUAUGGGAAAUGGUAGUAGUUGGUAGUAAUUUUAAUUGGUGCUUUAAUCCAUAUUCUGAGAAAUCAGACAUCUGUGUUUCUUUGUGCUCAUUUUAAUAAAUUGCAUUUACUUAUGGUG